CACACUAACAUUCCUGCAAACCAAGUUGUCAUGUCACUUUUGGAAUAGUCUGUGAACGACACAGGAUGAGAGUCGUACGGUUUAAAAGGUUUAAAAUUAAGCACAUAGCGUUUAUUGCAUUAUUUUGUGUGAGUGCAGCGAUUUUGUACAUAAACUUCGUCGGACAAUGGCCGUCUUCGGAAAAGGUACCCAGCCAUGUUCUGUUUAUUCGAAAGAAGCGGUUUGAUGCCUACCAAGCUAGCGAGUCACUUCGAACAGGACCCGGCGAAAAAGGAUUACCGGUGCAUUUAGAAGGGGAAGAAAAACUUUUAGGAGAAAAACUUAUGCAUAAAGAAGCGUUUAAUAUAGUUGCAAGUGAAAAAAUAUCGCUGGAGCGAUCCGUGAAGGAUGUUCGUGAUCGAAGGUGUAAGGAUAUUGUCUACCCUAGGAUCCUCCCAAGUGCGAGUGUUGUGAUAAUCUACCACAACGAGGCCUGGACGCCGUUACUGAGGACGGUGCACAGCGUGAUAAACCGAUCUCCGCCCGAAUAUCUGCACGAAGUUAUCUUACUGGAUGAUUUCAGUGACCGACCUGAGUUGGGGGACAAGUUGAAGACCUACGUGGAGAAGACGUGGCCUGAUGGUGUUGUGAAGAUGGUGAGGACCCGGCAGAGGAGUGGCUUGAUACGAGCCCGUAUUGAAGGUGCCAAGGCUGCCACGGGUGACGUCAUCGUGUUCCUGGAUUCUCACUGUGAGGCGGGAACACAGUGGUUGGAACCGAUCCUUGCUCGUAUACAAGAGAACCGGAAGACAGUGUUGUGCCCAAUCAUUGACGCCAUCAACGACAACACGUUGGAGUAUUCUGGUAAUGGGGGCUACAAUGUGGGCGGGUUUUCCUGGAGCAUGCACUUCACCUGGAGAGACAUCCCGGAGAGGGAGAAAGUUCACCGGAAAUACACGGACCCUAUCAGCUCUCCCACAAUGGCCGGAGGCUUGCUGGCGCUGGACAGAAAGUUCUUCUGGGAGAUCGGAGCCUAUGAUGACGGAAUGGACGUGUGGGGAGGGGAGAACCUCGAGAUCUCCUUCAGAACGUGGAUGUGUGGCGGCCGGCUGGAGUUUCUGCCUUGUUCCCGUGUCGGACAUAUCUUCCGCUCCAAGCACCCCUAUACGUUCCCAGGUAAUAAGGACACACAUGGUAUAAACUCGGUGAGGGUGGCUGAGGUCUGGAUGGACGAUUACAAAAGACUGUUCUAUAUGCACAGACAUGACUUGAAGGGUAAAGACUUCGGGGACAUAUCUGCCCGAGUUGGUCUCCGGGACAAGCUUCAGUGCAAGAGCUUCAAGUGGUAUCUGGACAACGUGUACCCCGAGAAGUUUGUCCUGGAUGAGGGUGUCAAGGCCUGGGGGAUGGUGAAGGGUGUGGGCAGUUCGCUCUGUCUAGACACUCUGGGUCGAGAGGACAAGGUGGAAUACGACCUGGGAUUGUUCCUGUGUCAGUCCGGCGCCAGCGCAAACGAGCUGUUUUCCAUGAGUCAGACGAAUGAGCUGCGGAGGGAGGAGGUUUGCCUCGACUCCCAGGGGGAUGAUGGCAGCGUCGCCAGGAUGAUGCUGUGUUUUAAAAAGACUUCAGGGAUGAAGUGGAAAUAUGACAUGGACCAAGGCACAAUCAUCCAGGACAAGUCUGGCAAGUGUUUAGACAGAGUUAAUCUCAGUUCUGGCGGGACCGUCAUCGUAAACCCAUGUAAUGGAGGAGACUCGCAGAAGUGGAAGUUUGAAGCUGUCAGCAUUUGAGGGAUGGUUAUGAAAGGUUAUUUAUUGAGAAUUCAGUUCCACUGAAUAUGUAUGUGAAACAUAUGAUGACUGCGUCCAGGUUACCAAUACUAGGAUAGUGCAUUUGAUGGAAUAAGCGUGCUUGAGAGAGCAAUGCUUUUGUUAAUGCUCACUGAAGCAGUUUAGAUUGCUUGGAGUACAGUAUGGACACAUGAUCGCAUUAUUACCCGUAUCUCAUUAAAAUCUGUGUCCCAUUUCUGAAAGCGAUCAUAGCUCUUCAAAUGUCGUAAGUGUAUAUUAAAGUAUGGGAGUUAUGAUCACCUAAGCACUACGAUAACCUUUGCAAAUGAGACCAUUUUUUCACUCCUCAGAACGUCACAUAGCUGAAUUUCCAAUCAGCCAAUCAGCAUUAAAUGGCUUGUCCAGAAUGUAAACGAUGCUGUCAUCGCCAUGACGUUGCCGUGUUCAUACACCUGAACCCCAUGGCGAUGUUUUAGUGCAGAUACCUGUAUCUUAUACCUGCUUGAUACAGGUAUAAGCAUCUGAACCGAAAUUUCACACUGAAACAAUAUCAGUCUCAUUAUAAUCAGAUCUUCGUGCUCGCUACCACUAAACAAAGAUCUGAGGACAUCCCAUUAUGGUUUACAUCAGAAUGACCUUUCAUCCGACCAGUCAGACUCUCUCUUACCAGAUCAGGAAAGUGACAUUCAGAAAGUGUUUCCUUAUCAUGCAACCUCAAAAAGGUUAACACAGGGUAUUCCAAAUGUGUUGUAUGACUGAUUCUGUCAAAAUCAUCGUCUUUCACUUCAUUCAGCGGGAUAAACAUGGGGAGUCACUCCUAUACACUAUUGGCCAUCUAUUAGACAUUCAAGAAUUUUCUUUUGUUCAGUUUUCAAAACUUGAAUCGGUAUUUUUCAAAGCUUAUACUGGAAUGGACGUCAUUAGUUUGAAACAAGUGCUGUAAGGCUCGAGAAAGCUGCAUUCUGAUUGGCUAAUACACUGGCUAAUGUCAACUUCUUGUCAUUUCAUUGGUCGGUCAAUGUUCGUGGGGCCGCCCCAGUGGUCCAGUUGUAGAGCGUCCACCCGGAGUGUCGGAGGUUGGGAGUUUGAUCCCCAUCCUCAUCGUACCAAAAGACGUUAAAACCCGGUGCUUGUAACCCUGCCUGGCGCUCGGCAUUAAGGGGCUAAAGCAAGGACUUGUUGGCUCAGAGUCUGAGUAUACUGUGUCUGAGUUGGGUAUUCAUGUUAAACUGCAGCAUGGUAUCUCAGUGAGCUAGCACUACAAAAAUCGGCAUUAGUCCAGACUAGUACAAACAGACAUACACAUGCAAGUGCAAUAGCAAGCACUAAGAUCUGAUGUAAAUGACAUUGAAACAAUAAAGAAUAUGAAAUCCAUGUCUCCUUGCAAUCCCAGCACAAUGUAAACGUGUUUAUUCCAUCAAACCGUACGCACUCAAAUAAAGCUAUGGCACAAAUCCAGGUAUUUGUCAAUCACUGAUGAGUGAUAGCCAGACUGGUUUAUUGUAGAGCUUUGCUAAAACCGUCUGGUAAAGUGAUUAGAUCCUUGUUUUAGUUAAUGGUUGUGUUUUGAUGAGGUCAUAUACAGAAUAUAUAAUUCGCGGACAGCACAUGAAUCACUGGUUAGUGAGAAAUGUCAGUGUUUACACUGGAGCUGUAGCUUCUGAGGUUGAGGGAUGCGAAGAGUUGUCUAAGUAACGAUAGCAGGGAGACCUGUGCAGAAGGACUAGCAGGUGUGGGGAGGGAGUGAACUCAAGUGAAUGACAUCACACUUGCCCAUUAGGCUGCUACGCCUUAAAUACUUUAAGAAGAACAUCAAGACAUACUUAUUCAAAAGAUCCUGUGAAGAUUCCAGGUUAGAAUUGAACCCAUGCUUGUAUUAAGACGCACAAACGGGUUUGGGGGUCAGUCUUGCUGACUUCGUUGCUGCAUUUCAUUGUAUUGCAUUUGCGUUGAUCGAUGCUCAUGAUGUCAAUCAUUGGAUUGUCUGGUUUACUGACUGCCGUCGUAUAGCUGUAAAAUAGCUGAGUGCGGCUUUAAACAACAAACAAAUCAAACUUAUUCAAGAAGCACUGUGACAAAUAAUCUCCUAGACCUCUAGUCAAAGCUCAACUGAAAACCUAUCAGUGCUUCCUGAAUUUAUUAGUAACAAUUUCUGCUUGGAGUGGGCGCUAGUGAGGGUUACGGGGCCUCAGAUAUUCCAAUAUGUACUCUCUCACACACGUUUCAUUUAUUUAUUUAUUUUUGUUAUUGAGGUCAUGAUCUGCUGAAAAAAACUGCUGAUUAUGGGCUUUUCCGGAAGUCUGUCAUGUUGGAUUGUGUUUCCUGUUUGGUUCAGGAUCUGGCAACUCCUGCAAUGGAACUAGGUUCCAGACUGUACUGACAGGAUAGGGGUGAGGCAUUGAAGCCAUUAGUUCCUGAAGUAACAGUUUACUGUAGCAAGAUCUCAAAUGGGGCAAUUAUCAGGGGAUUUAUUAUGUUGUAAAGACCAUGGCAUUAUGAUGAACAUGUAAUUUGUGCUUGUGUUGCCGAGAGAGAGUACCUGUGUGAUUGGUGAGGACAGAGGACAGAGGACAGCUGAUACAUAGUCCAACACAUCUUCACGAGGCAAGCUUGUCCACUUGCCUAGUUUCUACCCUUGACACAUCAAGGCCACUUUCCUUGGUUCGACCCUGGAGCCACCUCGCGUAGAUCACAAGUUGUGCCACUUGUAAUAAAAUGUGAUAUCCAAUCAGAUCACUGUUCUUAUCUUGUAUAGCUUCACCAAAGAUGGAGACGACCAAGUCGAUCAGACAACGAAAACUUUCGCGAUUUCAUCCAUGACAGAAAAACAUAGACAAUCGUUGGAGGGUUUUAAAGAUAAAAAAACAUAUUCCAGUUUUAAAUCACUUUCAUACGAAGUUGUACCAGUCGUGAAUGUUGAUUUUGUAAAACGUUCUCUGAUUGGACUAUCAAUAUGUGUGAUAGUCCAAUCAGAAUCAGCACAGGAAAGUGGGCUUGAUGUGGCAAGACUUUGAUAAAAAGGCUAGUUGACGUUCUUUCCUUCGGGAGAUGAGUCCAACAUGGCUGCCUCAUUGCUUGUAAGAUACAUAUGUGUAUGAAUAUAUGUAAUAAAAUAUAUUUUCUUAUGAACAUAAACCACAGAGACUGUCACUUUCAUCUUUUUUUGUUUCAUCUAAAACCUGUAUAAUCCAUAUGGAACAUUGUGUGUUUGGUACUGAUACAUGCUCAUGUCUAGAUACUCAAGAAAAGAAUUAAGGGAACAUAGGACAAUAGACACGAACUUACUGCUGGGAAUAAGUAUGUAUCACUCCAACAACAAUUAACAUUGAUAAGUUUGUGAUGUGACAGGAUAUGAAUUGGAACAUCUGGUUAUCGUCAUUCAACCAUAGGAUGUCACAUGACAUCAUUUCUAUAUGUUCCCUUAUUUCUUGCCAUCAGUAUACUCAUCAUGUUGACCGUACAUGUCUGUCAUUCUUAAUAAGCUGCCAGGCUAAAGAAAGUAUACACUUGAAAAUUGUAUUCAGCCCCAAAAUUACAAAUGUUUUCAAAGUGUUACUAUGCUGAAAACAGUUGCCGAAACACUGCAAACUUGAGGUCCAAAAGACAACUAUGAUACCCAUAUAAAAUACAUCACCAUCGAAUUGCCAUUUCUUGUUUGUUUUAUUUUUCGCCACCAUCAAACAUGGGUGUAUGCUUUCUUUUGCCCGGCAGUUUACAUUUGUGGGAAGAUUUGCAUUUUGCCUUAUAUGGAAUAGAGGGAACAGAUAUGUGGAAUGGUAACAAUGUCUGACUUUGUGUAAUAUGCAUAUCCAUAUUAUCUGGGUCAUUUGGGUAGUUCUCAUUAUAUCACCAUAGGGGUGUUUGAUGACUUACUAUGUUUCCAUUAGUACAACUGAUGGACUCUCCUGUAGGGAUGUUCUCAAAUAAUCUACAAAUAUAUUUAUUUUGUCAUUUUUGUAUGUUAAUGAGAAAGUAUUGAGAAUGGUGUCUGUUUACAUCUAUCCUAGAUUUUAAGGAGUUUCAUCCAGUUUAUGUCAGAGACUGUUGAUCAUCUUAUUGAUAUGCUUAUUGUGUUAGAGCUCUUGUCAUACACUUUAUCAUGGGUAGGUUACAAGUCUUGAAUGUAAGUUUGUGAUACGACGCAUGAUACAGUAGUGGAUACAAGACAUGAUUCUAUGCAAUAACAUACGUGGUACAAUAAAUACUUGAUACAAGACAUGAUUCUAUGCAAUAACAUACGUGGUACAAUACUUGAUACAAGACAUGAUUCUAUGCAAUAAAAUAUGUGGUACAAUAAAUACUUGAUACAAGACAUGGUUCUAUGCAAUAACAUACGUGGUACAAUACUUGAUACAAUACAUGAUUCUGUGCAAUAACAUACGUGGUACAAUACUUAAUACAAUACUUGAUACAACACAUGAUUCUAUGCAAUAACAUACGUGGUACAAUAAAUACUUGAUACAAGACAUGAUUCUAUGCAAUAACAUACGUGGUACAAUACUUGAUACAAGACAUGAUUCUAUGCAAUAACAUACAUGGUACAAUACUUGAUACAAUACUUGAUACAAGACAUGAUUCUAAGCAAUAACAUACGUGGUACAAUACUUGAUACAAAACUUGGUACAAGACAUGAUUCUAUGCAAUAACAUACAUGGUACAAUACUUGAUACAAUACUUGAUACAAGACAUGAUUCUAUGCAAUAACAUACAUGGUACAAUACUUGAUACAAUACUUGAUACAAGACAUGUUUUUAUGCAAUAACAUACGUGGUACAAUACUUGUUACAACACAUAAUUCUAUGCAAUAACAUACAUGGUACAAUGCAUCAUACAAAAACACUCGUGUUAAAGACAUGUAUCAUCAUCAGGAAUGACUAGAUGCCAAACCAAAACAUAUUACACUUCAAGUAAGUUUGAGGAAAAAAGGAUUUAAGAUGAUGUGAAGAUUUAUACAUGCAACAUAAGUAAAUAGUAAUUUACACUUCAUUGCCAUACCACUUUUCAUCUCAUAUCUUUAAACUCUCUCUCUCUCUCCCUUCCUCUCUCUCUCUCUCUCCCUCCCUUCCUCUCUCUUUCUCUCCCUCUCUCAGAGUCUAAUGAUUUUCUGAAGCAUCAACCAUAAAUCAGUCGAAGAUAUGUAUGAACAGAAUCAAAUGUGAUUGGAAGGUCAUUCACUAAGUUGCACCUUUGUGCCUAUGCGUGUGUACUUGGUAAAUCAUCCAAAUAAUAAAGGUAUGUUAUUGUGGUUUGAUACCUCUGAUAGAUGAUCAGAAUCAAGUUGCCACACGCUGACAUUCGUGCCUAAUAUCUGUGCAGAGAUAUAUAUGUAUAUAAUAAAUUCAUGUUUUUAUUUUGUGUGAACGUAGUUCAUGUGAGGGUUUUGUGUCAUGAAUUUUUAUUGUAGAUGUGUUUAUGACAAAAUGACAAUGCAAUAAUUGUAACUUUUUGACCAGUCUCCCAUGAGCGUGUCUCUUCCCUCCAUCACAGUCUUGAACAUUGCCAGUGUUGACUGAAGUUUUAUCUUUAUUCAAACAUAUAAAGUCAGAAGGAAUGUGUGCAUAGUCAGGAAGAAAUGCAAACAUUAGUGCAACCAUAGAGUUCUACAGUAUUUUCAAGAAGUUUGGCAUUGUUUACAGUAGGGCUGGGAUGAAUUGGGUACCCAAUCCCCUAUUACCCAACCCUACCCAGGUACCCGCUGUAGGUCUCCAGAGAUAGGUACAAACAUUUUGGUCAUUAAUUGUUAUUGUAAUUAAACAAUAUAUCCCAUGACUAACCAUGGGUCCAGGUAGUCCUGUGGGUACCCAGGUCCUACUCAGUACCCAUCCGAUGAUCCUUGUGUAUUGGUGCCUUGCGUUGUCAACAGUCAUCUUGAAAUACAAGAAAACAGACAUCUUUCAGACAUCACUCUGUUUAAAACUGUGCCUGUCUCUACCACUGUGAAGUCUUGCAGGAUGUCGGUCUGGUAAAACAUUUGAAAGAUCUGACCUAUGGGGAAUCAUAGGGAAUAUAAGUUGUCAACCGAGUUCGAGGGGUAUAUGGUGUGAUGUACCCUGUGUGUGAUCCUAUAUACCCAGGGCUGUCAGGCUCACACACAGGGUACAUCACCCUAUAUACCCCAGGCUGUCAGGCUCACACAAUAUUUGUCCGCAGUUUCUCUGAAUAAGCAUAACUCAUAGCAGAUGACACAAAGAAACCGAGUUACUUCCCUUUAACCAAUGCAUUUGGAUAAACAUCAGUUCAUUUCAGCUCAACGAUACUUAUUCGAGAUAUGCAAGUUACCUACGAUGUGUUCGAUUGACUUUUCGGCGGACAGCAUGAGCGGGCUGCAUGGAAUAUAACUGCCAGUCCUUAACCUAUCAGAACUAGUAUUUUAUAUGUAUGGUCAGAUAUAAAAUGUUGAAUAUGCUAUAUAUGAAAUUGUUUGCUGUAAGGGCUUGAUGAGGGUUUCAUGUUAUCCUGUGUGAGUGCUUCUGGUGGAGAUGAUUUUGCACUUGUAUGAAUGAAUUACAAAGGCUGCCUUUCUAGUGGAGCAGGCCAAGGCACUGGCUUGUACAGAGAAAGCUGCUGACAGAUUAACUAUUGUAAUAUGAACAAAUCAGGUGUUCUUUAACUCUUUUGAGUAGUUUAUGCAGGCUUGUUCAGAAGCACUGGGAUCGGGUGGUCAGGCUUGCUGACUUGGUUGAUGCAUGUCAUCGUAUCCCAAUUGUGUGGAUUGAUGCUCAUGAUGUCGUUCACUGAAUUGUCUGGUCCAGACUCGAUUAUUUACAGACCGCCACCAUAUGGCUGGAAUAUUGCUGAGUGUGGUGUUAAACAACAAACAAACAAGACAAAGAAUGUUCAGAAGCAUCUGAGGGCACAAGCACUUGAUGCAGAUUGUUAAGCUUUAAGGAUCACACAGGUAUAACUUCAUAUGUGAUAUAUUUUCAUAUUUUGCAUUAAGUGCCUGUGAGAAUUGUUAUUUUCAAUGUGUUACAUGAUGGAGAAUAAAACAUUUUUGAGAGUAGAAA